UGCUGAAACCUGCACUCUCUCAGAGAGGACUAACCCUCUUAUAAUUGAUCCUUAAUUACCAGACAAAGUGUAAAGUAUUUAAUCAUUUUUACAAUAAAUCAACUAAAGACCACCAUGGAAAAAGCUCGCAACAACAUGACAGAGUUUUGGAAGGAGCACUCCAAGGCCGCCACAGUGGAGGAGAUGAUGCUGGACUCUCGUGCCAGGGAGCUGACCCAGUGUGAGCUGCCUGAGAUCCUGUCCAUGCUGCCCUGCUUGGACGGAUUCAGAGUGCUGGAACUGGGAGCCGGCAUUGGGCGUUUCACCAGCCACCUGCUGACCAAGGCCGCCCAUGUGACAGCUGUGGACUUCAUGGGAAGCUUUGUGGAGAAGAACAGGCAAGAAAAUGGUCACCAUAGCAACGCUACCUUCAUCCAAGCUGACGUCACAAAGCUGGAUAUCCCCGAAAACAGCAUUGACUUCAUCUUCUCCAACUGGCUGCUGAUGUAUCUCAGCGAUGAGGAGCUUAACUCCUUCAUGGAGAAGAUUCUGGGUUGGCUUCGGCCCGGUGGCUUUCUUUUCUUCAGAGAGUCCUGCAACCACCGGUCAGGUGACUCCAAGAGGGACUUCAACCCGACCUGCUACCGCACUGAAGCACAUUACAGCCAGUUGGUGUCAUCGCUACAAGUACGGGGACCAGAGGAGGACCAAAAAUUAGGUUUCGACAUUGUGUUGAAAAAGAAAGUUCAAGCCUAUGUUGAGAUGAAAAACAAUCCAAAUCAGAUCUGCUGGCUUCUGGAGAAGGUCUCCCGCUCCUCGAGCACCCAGAACGGAUUCACCACCUUUCAGCAGUUCCUGGACAACCAGCAGUACACCAACCGCGGCAUCCUGCGAUACGAGAAGAUGUUUGGGGCUGGUUACGUCAGCACAGGCGGACCCAGCACCACCAAGGAGUUUGUGGACCUGCUGAACCUGAAGCCCGGACAGAAGGUUUUAGACAUCGGCUGUGGCAUUGGUGGAGGAGACUUCUACAUGGCAAAGACCUUUGGAGUGGAGGUGCUUGGCCUGGACCUGUCAGAAAACAUGGUGGACAUCGCCAUGGAGAGGGCAACCACUGAGAAGAUGCCAUCAGUCCAGUUUGAGGUGGCUGACGCCACUAAGAGGUCGUUCCCCGAAGGUUCCUUUGAUGUGAUCUACAGCAGAGACACAAUCCUGCACAUAGAUGACAAACUGGCUCUCUUCAAACGCUUCCAUUCAUGGUUAAAACCAGGUGGCAAGUUGCUCAUCAGUGAUUACUGCUGCGGGGAGAAGCCCUGGACGCCGAUGUUCGAGGCCUACGUCAAACAGAGAGGCUAUGUCCUUUAUACACCCUCACAAUAUGGCAAGUUCAUUCAGGAAGCUGGUUUCUGUAAUGUUAAGGCAGAGGACCGGACAGCCCAGUUCAUCCAGGUGAUAAAGACAGAGCUGCAGAGAGCGGAGGCCAUCAAGGACGAAUUCAUUCAGGAAUUCUCUGAAGAGGAUUAUUUUGCGAUAGUAAAUGGAUGGAGAGAAAAACUGGAACGCUCAAACAGUGGUGACCAACGGUGGGGACUCUUUUAUGCUUCAAGGGAUUGAGUGAUUGCACUAAGAAUUAAAAAUAAAAGAUAAAAAGGGAUUUCCUAUUAUUUGUCUAUGCUUUUGUCUUAGAUUAAUUGUUUGUUUGAAAAAUAAAAUCCUAUUAAGGAUUCAAAGUAAUUUUGAGAAACCUGAAAGAAACAGUCACAUCAAAGUGUAGGACUCACUGAUUAAGUGAGCGAUUUAAAUAAAUAAAUAACAUUUAAUACAGUUUUACAAUAUUGACGUCUUUGGAAUGACAAAGGGCAAAAUCCUUUUUUUCUACACAGUAUUUACUGUUAAUUAAGUUUAAUUUGUUAUUGCUCAUCUAAACAUGAGAACUAGAAUUUAGUCACAACAUGUUUUUUGGUUAGAUUAAGUGACUGUUCAUUACUUACUAGGGGGAGGGAGUGGCGCAAAAAGUGGGAGACUUAUACUUUUUUAUUUUGGCUUAGGGGAGGGACAAAAAACACUGAAUGGAUGUAUCUUGUAUUUAUUUUACAUACACUCUUCCGUGCACUCUUUUUUCUGCUGAAGUGCGCAUACAGACGUGUGAUGAUAAUGAUGUGAUUUGCAUUUUGCUCAAGAAAUUAGCUGUUUGUUUUGGUGAUAACUCUCACUCCCGUACUGUUUGCUUGUUGCAUCGGUGAGGAGGGCCAUGCAUUUUCCUGCAGUGACUCAGGGAGGCUCAAGAAAAAAUAUUUGGGACUUCAAGAAGGGUCAAGAUUUAAAAAAAAAGGAGUCACACCAUAGCUACCCCACAUCUUCUGAUAAAUGAAGAACAGUCCCUAAAAGACAGAUUCUAAUACAAUACUGAAUAAAACAAUAUUAUAUAUUACCAAGAC